UCCACUUCUCUGUCUUUCCUGCCCAAUGUCCCACCGAGUAGGCUGAGCCACGUGUAUGCGUUAGCAAUUCCGUUACUUGUCUCUAAACGUCCAGUUCUUUGUGUUUCACUGAAACACUCGACAGCACAGCGCCAUGGUGAAAUUAGCGAAGGCAGCCAACAAGCAGGCAACUCAGAAGAAGAAAGCCCCCCCACCCCCCAAAGAAGUGGAGGAGGAAUCUAGUGAAGAGGAGAGCAGUGAGGGGGAGGAAGAGACUCCGCCCCCUAAAGCGGUAAAGAAAGCAACACCAGCGAAAGCUACCCCAGUUGUUAAAAAUGGUGCUGCCGCCAAAAAAGCAGAAAGUGAUGCGGAGGAUGAUUCAGAGUCUGAAGAGGAAGCCCCCCCACCAAAAAAGACCCCUGCAAAGGGUAAACCCAAGGCAGCUGCUGCAAAGGCAGAGGAGUCUGAUGAUGAGGAAGAUGAUGAGUCUGAAGAAGAGGCCCCACCACCCAAGAAAGGAGCUAAACCUGCUGCCAAGGCCCCAGUGAAGGCUAAACCUGCAGAGUCCUCUGAUGAAGAUGAGUCCGAAGAAGAGGCCCCACCUCCCAAGAAGGCCGCACCAGCCAAAAAAGCUGGAAAGGCUGCCAAGGAGGAGUCUGAAGACGACGAUGAAGAAGAUGAGUCUGAGGAAGAGAUGGACACCACUCCCGCUCCAGCAAAGGCAAAGAAAGCAGGUAUGGUCAAGGCCAAGGAAGACUCUGAGGAGGAAGAUGAUGACGAGGAAGACGACGACGACGAUGACGACGAUGAUGAUGAGGAAGAUGAUGAUGCCCUAGCGACGCCUGCCAAGAGGAAGGCAGAGGGCAAGAAGGACACACCUGCUGCCAAGAAAGCAAAGGCAGAGGGCGAAGGGUUCUCUCUGUUUGUUGGAAACUUGAACUCCAACAAAGACUUUGAUGAAAUCAAAGAAGCCCUGAGGAAAUUCUUCACCAAGAACAGCCUUGAGGUCGCUGAUGUCCGGUUGGGUGGAUCUAAGAAAUUUGGUUAUGUGGAAUUUUCAUGUGAGGAGGACAUUCAGAAGGCACUGGAGCUCAACGGCAAGAAGGUCAUGGGUCAGGAGUUGAAGUUGGAUCGGGCCCGAAGCAAGGACAGCUCACAGGAGGGCAAGAAAGAGAGGGAUGCACGGACACUGUUUGUGAAGAACCUUCCCUUCUCCGCUACUGUUGAGGACUUGAAGGAAGUCUUUGAAGAUGCCGUUGACGUCAGGUUACCUCCAGGCCAGAACGGUUCAAAUAGAGGCAUUGCCUACAUCGAGUUCAAAUCUGAGGCUGAAGCCGAGAAGAUGCUGGAGGAGGCUCAGGGAGCUGACGUACAGGGGAGGUCCAUCAUGGUCGACUAUGUUGGAGAUAAGAGCCAGAAAGGGGGAGCCGCGGGACCAGCGGCAGCAGCAGCCAGCAAAACACUGGUGGUGAAUAAUCUCUCCUUCACUGCCACAGAGGAGGCUCUACAAGCCACAUUUGAGAAGGCCGUCUCUAUUAGGAUUCCACAGAGAGAUGGCAGACCUAAAGGUUUUGCUUUUGUAGAGUUUGAGACUACAGAGGAUGCAAAGGACGCUCUGGACAACCUCAACAACACAGAUAUUGAAGGGCGGUCGAUCCGACUGGAGUACAGUCAGAACAGUGGCAGAGACGGUGGCAGAGGAAACUCGGGUCCAACAAAAACCCUCUUCGUCAAGGGUCUCUCUGAGGACACAACAGAUCAUACCCUCAAGGAUGCGUUCGAGGGCGCCGCAGCAGCCAGAAUAGUCACAGACAGAGAAACGGGGUCAUCAAAAGGCUUUGGCUUUGUGGACUUUCACAAUGAGGAUGACUGCAAGGCAGCCAAGGAGGCGAUGGAGGAGGGCGAGAUCGAUGGCAGGAAGGUGACCCUGGACUACGCCAAGCCCAAGGGUGAAGGCGGCUUCCGCGGAGGUCGCGGCGGUGGUGGAUUUGGCGGCGGCGGCCGUGGUGGCAGAGGAGGUUUUGGUGGUCGCGGCGGUGGCGGCGGCAGCUUCGGCGGAGGUUUCGGCGGGCGCGGUGGCGGCAGAGGAAGAGGAGGCCCCCGUGGAGGUGGACGUGGACGCGGUGGCUUCGGAGGUAAAAGCUAUUGAAUCAAAGGACACCAGCUACUGUUUGGUGGAAGAGGUGGCGGUGGAUUUGGAGCCAAACCCCAGGGGAAGAAGAUUAAGUUUGAUGACUAAAUCGUCUGUUUUACUUUUUUGAAUGGACUCUGGUUUCAUCACUUUUCAGAGCUUUUGGACAUUCCAGAAAGCGUCAUUGAUAUAUAUUUAACUGUUAAUGGGCAUUUUAGCCCUUUAUUUAGACCCUCAAACCUUCCCCACCCGUGUGUGCCAGAAUGGUACUUUUGACCUUCUCAGCUCGAGAGCUUUGUGAGUACUGAAUGUCCCGAAUGCAAACCUGCAUCUCUCGCCCUCAUUAGCUUACUUGUUUUUCCGAAGGAGUAAAAUGGAACGGGUCUGGCAAACGAGUUUGCUGUGAAAAAUACGCUUGUCUUUGUCAGAUACAUUGUGUAAAUUUAAACAGUUUGUAUGAUUUCAUUUUACCUUUUGUAAAAAAAAAACAAAAAACGAAAGAUUCACUUGUAUCCAUAUGUUUUGUUUUUAUUUCGUCAUUUAGUUUGCUUUAGUUGCCAAGUUUUACUGUAAUGUGCAAAGCAGAUUUUGAUAGCAGAUUUGAGUCAGUGGUCAAGAGUUGGGUGUUAAGAAAAUGACAAAGAUGUUCUGUCAUGUUUGUUUGGUGGGGCACAGUCAGUGUCUGAGUCAGAGGAUGAAAAACCUCUUGUCUAUGUAACAUAAAAUAUUUGUAGUGCAUUGACUAAUUUUUUAUUUUUUUUUUCCCCCAUUUGAGAAUCUCCAGAUUUUCACGUGAUUAAAUAAAACCUUGUAGGUGGUGAUUUUUAAACGCCUGUCCUCAUUGCACCUCUGAAGCAUUGAAUAAGUGAGCUUUAAACACCUGUGAAUGUGGACGCUUCUACAGCAAAUGCAAUGCAACAUAACAUCACUGCAAUAAAUUCUAGUUUGAAGACUUA